ACAAGCAGAUAAAAAUGUUCGAUCAAUAUUAGUGUACGUUCAUAUUGAAUGGAGUUUCUCAUUCCGAAUUUUACCAUAAAACAUUUAUUUGGUGUUGUUAAUGCCCUAUAGUGUGAAAGAGAACACAUUUGACUAUAUACACAUUUGUAAUUUUCAUAGAAUAUGAUGACAUUCAGUAUCAGUCAGUAUACGCAGAAGUGAAAUGGCAAAUUCCUUUAAUAACAUUUCAAUUCAAAGUUGCUGCAUGUUAAACAUUGUUCAUCUCUUAAUCAUCUCUGCUUAUCAAUAAAGAACAAAGUUUUUUCGUUUUGCUUAUUUCGAGUUGCUUUAAGUUUGGUGAUUUCGGUUAAACGAGACUCAGUUGACAUCAAAACAUUAAUAUGGACGCGUAUCAAACGAAAAGUUUUUCAUUCGACGUGGACACAGACAUGGAACAAACGUCGAAGAAGUUCAAAGCAGGCGAGUCUUCUCCAUCACCGAUGACCAUUUCGUCAACAACAAUCGACGGAGAUGCAGUCAUGUUGCCUAACGAAAUAUCAGCACCGUAUGAGGUCUCUCAAUUUCCCAUUGAACAAAUUGAAAGAAAAUUGCAGAUACAACGACAAUUGAAUUAUAAGGCAAUGGAGGACAAACAAUCUCUAGCUGCUGAAGUUCAUUCAGAUGACGAUAUAAAUCUGGAUGAACACGAGCUGGUUCCACACUUUCAGCGAGUAUCAAUCUCCGGCGAGGACACCUCUGGGGUGCCUCUGGAGGAUUUGGAACGUGCAUCGAAAUUAGUGAUCCAAGCAUUGGAGCUGCGCGAACGUUACAUGAGUGCUUCGAAUCAAUCGUUUCCACCGACAACAGCUCGGUUCUUGAAGUCCGUGCAUGAGAAAGAAAUGAGCGCCGACGUUUUGUAUGAAGAUAAACGCACAACUGCAGAAGAAUACAGAAAUACGAAUCGUCGAAGACCGAGAGAUUACUCGGUUCACGCUCCAUCGAACAUCCACGACCCCUGGAACAUCGAAUUUCCACCCAGUAUGGGCUACACCAUCAAAGCUGUGGACGGCGUUUUCAAUGUUUUCAAAGACGAACAGUGUACGGAGAACGUGAAUUAUCCAUACUGUAAAUUAGAUACAUUCGUAACGGAUAUGCAGACAAUGUGUGCCAUGAUAGCCGACGGUCCAUUGAAAUCAUUUUGCUAUAGACGUUUGAGCUACUUAAAUUCGAAAUUCCAACUUCAUGUCCUACUGAAUGAGUUACGUGAAUUGGCUUCACAAAAGGCUGUACCACACAGGGAUUUUUAUAAUAUUCGUAAGGUCGACACACACAUUCACGCCGCUUCGUGCAUGAAUCAGAAACAUCUAUUGCGUUUCAUAAAGAAAACGCUGAAAAAUAAUGCUGACGAAGUGGUUACGAUUAGCAAAGGGAAGGCGAUGACAUUGGCCGAUGUAUUCAAGUCGAUGUCACUCACCACAUACGAUCUGACUGUGGACAUGCUGGAUGUACAUGCAGACAGAAACACAUUUCAUAGGUUCGAUAAGUUUAAUGCCAAAUAUAAUCCGAUCGGAGAGUCACGGUUGAGAGAGGUGUUUCUGAAGACCGACAACUAUUUGAAUGGGAAAUAUUUUGCUGAGAUUAUCAAGGAAGUGGCAGCUGAUUUAGAAGAAUCAAAAUAUCAAAAUGCUGAACUCCGAUUGUCCAUCUAUGGCAAGUCACGUGAUGAGUGGACAAAGUUAGCCAAAUGGGCCAUAGAAGGGAACGUUUACUCAGACAACAUUCGUUGGUUGAUUCAAAUACCCCGACUAUAUGAUAUCUUCAAAACCAACCGCAUCAUGGAAUCGUUUCAGGAGACUUUGGACAACAUUUUCUUACCAUUGUUUGAGGCUACUAAUGACCCUGAAAAGCAUCCGGAGCUGCAUAAAUUGUUGCAAUAUGUGAUCGGUUUUGAUUCGGUGGAUGAUGAGUCGAAGCCCGAGAAUCCAUUAUUCGAUAAGGAUGUCGAUACACCAGAAAAUUGGAAAAACGAAGACAAUCCACCAUACGCAUAUUAUAUUUACUAUACGUUCGCCAAUAUGACUGUUUUAAACAACUUCAGGAAGGAAAGAGGAUUUAACACAUUCGUCUUGCGGCCACAUUGUGGCGAGGCCGGUCCCGUUCAACAUUUGGUUUGUGGAUUCUUGAUGUCCGAAAACAUUUCGCACGGCUUACUGUUACGCAAAGUUCCGGUGCUGCAGUAUCUGUACUACUUGUCCCAGAUUGGCAUUGCCAUGUCACCGCUAUCGAAUAACUCGCUGUUUUUGAAUUAUCAUCGAAAUCCGCUUCCCGAAUAUUUAGCUCGUGGCCUAUGUGUAUCGCUCAGUACCGAUGAUCCGUUACAAUUUCAUUUUACUAAGGAACCAUUGAUGGAAGAGUACAGCAUUGCAGCACAAGUGUGGAAAUUAAGCUCAUGUGACAUGUGCGAAUUGGCUCGGAAUAGUGUGGUUAUGAGUGGAUUCCCUCAUAAGAUGAAACAUCAUUGGCUCGGUCCGAACUAUACGCGGGAAGGUGUGGCUGGAAAUGAUAUAUCACGAACAAAUGUACCAGACAUCCGUGUAUCCUAUCGCUACGAAACGUUAAUCGACGAAUUGUCCAACAUAUUCAACAAAUGUGGCAAGCCGCAUUAGAAAUGUGAAAUGAAAGACAGCCGCGGCACACGGGGAUUAUUGUUAUUGUUCUUUCUUACUGUAAUAUUUAUAUAAACAAUUUUGGGUUGAGAAAAUCUUUGCUUUUAAUUUUUUUUUAUUGAUUUGAUUGUUAAAAUUUAACACAAACACAUAUACACACACACACCAUUUAUAUACAUGGUAUAUUUACAGGAAUCAUAUAAUCUAUUGUAUUGUACCACUUAAAAAGAUGUUACACGUUUAAGUAUUUAUUGAACAUUUCUCGAAUUACAACCACAACAACAACAA